AUGUCGACAAAUCGACUAACAUCAUUUAAUAAACGUCCUAUAAUGAUGAAUAAUCAUACACAUUCAAUAACUGAUAUACUCGGUCAUGAACAAAUUGAUUUAACACGUUUAAAAAAACAAGCACAAUUAACACAAACACAAAUACCUAAAAUUCCACGUAUAACACGUACAUUAAAUACACUUGAAAGUGUUUUGAAAAUCUUAGAAGAACAUAGUCGAUUAUCAAAAUGUCAAAUUGAUAAACUUAUUCAAUCAGUUGAAAAUGAAAAUCAUCAAUUAGCACGACAAUUACAUGAAUCACAAGUAGCUUAUUUAAAAUUACAAGCACAUACAGCUUCAUUACAAAGUUUAAAAGAAUGUUAUUGUCGAUAUGCUCAUAUGCUUGAUGGUGCAAGAACAAUGUUUAAUGCAUAUCAACAAACAACAACAAAACGAGAUUCAAUUGAUCAAGUUAAGCUUGGUCUUAAAGAAUGCACUCAAACUUUAUGUGCAAUUGAAGCUCAAUUAGAAGCAAUGUUAGGUACAUUUGUAUUAAAUCUUCAAGAAAUUAGUGGUUUUUCACGAAUAUGUCCUGGAGAUGAAUAUGAAUUAGUUAUACGUUAUGGACAACAAAAAUGGAAAACUCGUGGUCGAAUACGUAAACAUGAUCGAAAUGAACAAAUUUGGACUCAACAAAUAUUUAAAUUAAAAGCUAAAUUAGCUGAUUUAUUAUUAAUUAAAAUUAGUGAAGUUAAAUUAUUAGGUGUUUCAUUGAAAACAAUUGGAACAAAAUGUUUUGAAGUUAAUAAUUUUUAUUCUAUUGAACCACAACGAAUGAUUAUUAAUGCGAAUCAAAGUGGAACAAUUAAACUAAUCUUUUUAAUUCAUUGGGAUCUCUAUGAUCAAGUUGAUACAAAAUUUACAUUUUAUAAUCCAAAUCGAACAUAUAACGAUGUAACACGAACAUGGUCAAUGUUUGUUGGAAAUACAACAUUACUUCGAACUGUAAAUGAUACACUUUCUUCAUCUUCUUCUUCUAAUCAAUAUUCUUCUAAACGUUCAUCAACAUAUUAUCCAAUACAUUCAGAAGAAACGAAUGAAUAUUUACCAUUUACUCCUCCUCUAACUGAUGAAAGUAAUCAUUAUGAUGAAAUUCAUUUAGAAAAUAAAAAUGUUGAAAUACCAAAAGAAGAAAUUUCAGAUAAUUUACUUGUUCAUGAUGAUACUCGUUCGUCAUCAUAUUCAUCAUCAUCAUUUGCUGUUGGUUUAAAUUCUGAUGAAAUUUCAUCAGCAGUAUCAGUUGAUUAUUGUCAUAGUGAAGAAGAAGAAGAAGAAGAAACUGAGAAUGAAUCAAUUUACGAACUUGAUUUACUUAUUGAUCAAGUUCGAACAUGUUUAGAUGAUUUACGUCUUAUUGAUCGAUCAUUUUCAAUAAUAUUUGAUAAAAUUGAACAGAUUAUAAAUGAUUUAGAUAAAAUAAUUAAACUACAAAUUCAUGAACAAACCGAACAAACAUUAGAAAUUGAAAAUGUUCUUUGUGAUUUUAAUUUUUUAAAUGCUAUUGAUGAUGAAGAUACAUCAAAAACAAUUGAUUCAGGUUUUGAAGGUGAACAACAAAUAAAACAAAAUGAAAAUUUUACAUCAAAUAUUAAUCAAAUAACGAAUACUAUUUUUGUUGAUAUUCUUAAUCGAUUAUUAAUUCUUCUUCAUUAUAUUCAAAAUCGUUCAAAUUCUGAUGAUGAUCUGAUUCUCGAACGCCUUAAUGAGCAAUAUGAUCAAUUGACAAUGGCCAUAUUUUGGUGUCAAAAUCAUGUACAAGAUGUUAAACAAGCAUUAUCUCAAUCUGAUCCAUCAAUUAUUGAAUUUUGGUUAAAAUGUUGUUCAAAUGAAACAUUUGUUAUUUCUUUUGAACAAUGUCUCAAUGAAAUAAUGAAAUAUUUCAAUUGUACUCAAGAUGUUGCUCAAUAUUUAUUAAAUAAUCUUUGUUGUCUUCCAUUUCGAAAUAAUUUUACUCAUCCAAAAUAUCUCACACUUAUACAAAUUUGGUUUCUUUUAAAACAAUCUCGUUCACAACUUGAAAAAGAUAUUCAGAUAGCUAAUGAGCAAAUUAAUCUUUCAAGAAAUCUUUCAAGUUUAAUUUUGAAUAAUAAUUAUACUCAAAUAUCUUUAAUGCUUAAUCGUCGCACGUUAAAUAAUGAUGAAAUUUUAGAUCGAAUAUUAGAAGGAUAUCAAUUUAAGAUUCCAGAUGAAUUGAUCGGUAUGUUAUUAACAUCAAUUCAUCAUGAUUUAAUCUCACAUUUACGUACAGCCUUAUUAUCUCAUCAUGAUAAUCCAUGUAAACGUCUUCAAAUACACAAAAUGAUCUUUAACGUGCAACAAAUGGAUUCACUCUAG